GUCUCCUCCCCGCGGCUCCGUCUGCCGCCGCCGCCGCAGCCCGGCUCCGGGGCUGACAAGCAGGUGACAGAGGAGCCGGCGCGCGUGGCUGCGAGUGCCCGGGAGAACGCGGCGCAGACUGCAGCCGCCCGGGCCCGCCCGCACGACGCCGGGGCCCGGGGCCAGCGCGUCGGCGCUCCACGCUCGCCGGGGGCGGCCGGCGGCCCCAGCCGCAGCCCCAACCCCGCGGGGGCCGCGCCUCCCCGGCUCCGGGGCCGCGGCGGCGGCGAGCGGGCAGGCGGGCGGGCCGGCGAGCACCCUGGCCGGCGGGGCCCGCGGCGCGCCCCGCGUCCCAUGGAUAUAGCAACAGGUCCCGAGUCGCUGGAGAGGUGCUUCCCCCGCGGGCAGACGGACUGCGCCAAGAUGCUGGACGGCAUCAAGAUGGAGGAGCACGCCCUGCGCCCCGGGCCCGCCACUCUGGGGGUGCUGCUGGGCUCCGACUGCCCGCAUCCCGCCGUCUGCGAGGGCUGCCAGCGGCCCAUCUCCGACCGCUUCCUGAUGCGAGUCAACGAAUCGUCCUGGCACGAGGAGUGUUUGCAGUGCGCGGCGUGUCAGCAAGCCCUCACCACCAGCUGCUACUUCCGGGAUCGGAAACUGUACUGCAAACAAGACUACCAACAGCUCUUCGCAGCCAAGUGCAGCGGCUGCAUGGAGAAGAUCGCCCCCACGGAGUUUGUGAUGCGGGCACUGGAGUGUGUGUACCACCUGGGCUGCUUCUGCUGUUGUGUGUGUGAGCGGCAGCUCCGCAAGGGCGACGAGUUUGUGCUCAAGGAGGGCCAGCUGCUGUGCAAGGGUGACUACGAGAAGGAGAAGGACCUGCUCAGCUCCGUGAGCCCCGACGAGUCCGACUCCGUGAAGAGUGAGGACGAGGAUGGAGACAUGAAGCCAGCCAAGGGGCAGGGCAGCCAGAGCAAGGGCAGUGGGGACGACGGGAAGGACCCCCGGAGGCCCAAGCGACCCCGGACCAUCCUCACCACGCAGCAGCGAAGAGCCUUCAAGGCCUCCUUUGAGGUGUCCUCCAAGCCCUGCCGAAAGGUCCGAGAGACUCUGGCGGCGGAGACAGGCCUCAGCGUGCGUGUGGUCCAGGUCUGGUUUCAGAACCAAAGAGCCAAGAUGAAGAAGUUGGCACGGCGGCACCAGCAGCAGCAGGAACAGCAGAACUCCCAGCGGCUGGGCCAAGAGGUCCUGUCGAGUCGCAUGGAGGGCAUGAUGGCCUCCUACACGCCGCUGGCCCCCCCACAACAGCAGAUCGUGGCCAUGGAGCAGAGCCCCUACGGCAGCAGCGACCCCUUCCAGCAGGGCCUCACGCCGCCCCAAAUGCCAGGUGACCACAUGAACCCCUAUGGGAACGACUCCAUCUUCCAUGACAUCGACAGCGAUACCUCCUUAACCAGCCUCAGCGACUGCUUCUUGGGCUCCUCGGACGUGGGCUCCCUGCAGGCCCGCGUGGGGAACCCCAUCGACCGGCUCUACUCCAUGCAGAGUUCCUACUUCGCCUCCUGAGAGCCAGCUGGCUGCAUGGACGCUUGGGCCAGGGUCCUGGGGUGGGCCUGCGGCCGCCGCAGCCAGCCCCACCGCCCGCAUAGACUCUACACACAGCCAUACGGUGCCCUUUCCUGGGCCAGCCGGGCAGGCAGAUGGGCGCAGCCUGGGCAGGGCUGUAUCCUGCCCACAGAGACCGUGUCACCCCAGGGACCCAGAGUCUCGGAAAGCCACUCGCCUCCCAGCCCCACCUCGGCCUCCAUCACCUCCUUCUCCCUACCCAUCUCUUUUUUGGGAAGCUUAAAUUCUCUCUAUUUUUUUAAAUGUCCUCUCUGUGUCCAGCCAACCUCCACAGGCCGGGCCUAGGCCAAGGCAAGGCCCCCGCGCGUGCCCCGGGGCAGGGAUGCUGCGCGCGGCACCCGUCACCUGCGAGAAGCGUAGGACCCUGCGCCCUGGGCUGGUGCCCACCUCCCCCACCUCCAAGGGCAGGCCUGCCAGCCUGGGUUCACCUGUUCUAGCCCGAGCCUGGAACAGAAGUGGGGAAGAGCUUGGCAGGUGUGCCAAGCCCACUGAGGCACAGCCCUGAGGGGGAGUCCCUGGGGAGGGUAGACUGAGCCUCUCCUGCAAACACGCACACUCGAAGGCACACCCGUGUGAUACGCACACAGAUAUGUAGACAAGCUACAAGAGACACAGAGGCGCUCUGUGGGCCAGCCUGGCCGUGUCAGGAAGGGGAAAGAGGCCAGACGGGGGCGGGGACCCCCCUUCUGACAGCAAUAGGAGAGAAGGAAGGAGGAGAGGGAGGGAGGGGAGUUUGGGGCUUGAAACAUGCAGACCCAGAUGUAUCCCAGCCUCAGCCUAAAUAGGUGCUGCCUGAGCUGGCGGGGCGGCCCCAGACGCGACCAGCUCCACGGGCAGAGACAGAGCCCCCAGAACCAGGGAGGACAUAUGGCAGAACCUCCAGGCAGGAAAGCAACUUCAAGAGUCACCCACUCGGCUCGUCAUCUGAGGUGUGGCUCCCUCUGCCUCUCCUCGCAUCCCUCCAGUGGCAAGGAGCCCGCUACUUCAUCGGGCCCCGAGUCAGCUGCCGUUUUCUGCUGAUUACGCCUCUGCCUUUUUCAGCCCUGAGUCUUCACUUCUCAAAGCCCGACUUUUCCAGUUUCUCCAGCUCUUCCUCUUAAAACUGUACCCUCAGCUGGGCUCCAGCUUUCCCUCUAAAGGUGGAGUAGAUAUAACCCAGUCUUCCCACUGACAUCAGCCAGCCACCUCCCCUGCUUUAGGCACCCUGCCUCUGUUAAUGUGGCCCAAAAUCCAGUGCACAGUUUAGGCCACAUAACCUAGAAACUCACCCUUCCCUUCUGUAACUGAAUCUCCUGGCCGUCACACAUGUGGCAGCUAAGCCACAUCUCUCUUCUGUGUGUAAGUGGGGGAGGGGGCAUUUCUUAUUUAGAUCCAGUGAAGGACCUUGACUUUUUGACUUCUUACAUUUCUUCUUAUUUGAUUCAAUCCAGCCUGUGGAGUUUCUCUGCACCCCCAACUCUGUGACCACUCGUUUGCUGUCCCUCCUGAGCACAUCUGCCCGUGUCAGGGGUCAGCCCUGUGCUUCUUACCGAAGGCAUGUGAACCUUCAGGGCCCCUCCCCGUCUGGCAUUGGCCGUGAACCGGUCAGCCGUCCUUGGAUGAUGCUUUCCAGUGUGCUUCCAGCCCUGUUUUGUCAAACGCCCUGCCGGAAGCCAGAUCUGCAACCCCCCCCCCCACACCCCACCCCACCCCGGAUCCACUCAGCUCUAACCCUGUCGAAAGAGGACGUGAGGGCCCUGUUCUCAGUGACCCCCUCGCUGGCCCCUGGUGGCCACUGUGUCCUCGGCUAGGUGCUCACAGCCCUGCCUUUAAUUCUAACAUCAAGCCCUAGGCCGCCACCCUGAGAUCUGCCCAGUCCAGGCUUUGAGCUAAUAGAACGAUGGGUGUCUCCCUCUGCCUUUGGGCCCCCACCUGACUCCCUCUGGGAUCCUCCAAGUUCGCCAACAUACCCUGUGAUUUUGCUCCUCUGUCCAGCGGGGAGGCCUCAGCUUCUCCGGA